UACCCACAGCGCCACCCGCGUCCCUCCUGGUAGAUUCUGCAAAUAAAACAGGUUUUUUAAUCAAGAAGGAAUGCAAGGCGCGGACAAGCAGAAAUGGCCCCAGGGAGCUCACAGGCCACGUUUCCGAGGCUAUUUCUCAUUUUCUGUAUAAUUCUGACAGAGGAGAGUCCUGCUUUUGGAAAUAAUAAUAAUAAUAAUAAUAAUAAUAAUAAUAAUAAUAAUUAAUAUGAUUUUAUUGUUUAUAUGCUACCAAUCUCUGGGCAGCUUGUAACAAAUUAAACAUAGUAAAACAGCAAACAUGGGCUGCCCUUCUAAAAUUCAGAUAGUUAAUUCCUUGACACCUGACGGGAGGGCGUUCCACAGGGCAGGCAUGAUUACCAAGAAAUCUUGCCUCCCCUUUCCUGCCCAGGUGACCUUCACCGAACCUUUUCAAUACCUGGGACCCACCUUUAACCUAAACAUGUGUUUGGGGACCCAGUUCUUUAUUUUUUACUGCAACAUAAAGGCCAUUACUUAACAACCCUAAGGCACUGUGGCAUUUCUUCAUUUUGCAACACCAGUUUGUGCCGCUGCUGUGACCCACCUUCCCUUAGGGUCCCAGUCUGCCGGCUGAAGGCCAGGCCUUUAAAAAGAGGACCAGAGUCCUGGCACCUGCCAAGUUUCCUUCACCAAUGCCCCCCCCCCCAGGGCAGAAAAGAGGGACCCAGCACCUAAAUACCCUUCUCUCUGCCCCCCCCCCACAAAGCAGAACCAAUAGGAGGCUGGAGCCAGGCCAAAGAGUGGCCCACCUGAGCCCAGGUAGCAGAACACCUGGGCCUCUCGUGAUUGGCUGGCUAUACCUUCCCUAGAACAGGUUGUUUACUCUGCAGGCCAAUUGGAGUCUUAGGAAGAUGUUUCUGUUGGGGGUGGGGCUUGAGGGUCCCUCAGACGCAACUGGAAUCUCCCAUCAAGUCGCCAGGCCGGCCCACCCACCACUGACAUAACCUCACCAUGGUGCUAGAGCUCUACCUAGAUAUGCUCUCCCAGCCCUGCCGGGCGGUCUACAUCUUCGCCAAGAAAAACAACAUCGCUUUCAUGAUGAAGAACAUCGAGAUGCUUAAAGGACAACAGUUUAGUGAAGAUUUUAACAAGGUCAACAUCUUAAGGAAAGUACCAGUUCUGAAAGAUGGAGAUUUUACUUUAGAAGAGAGCACCGCCAUCCUCCUUUACCUGAGCCGGAAGUACAACACACCCAGCCACUGGUACCCACCAGAUAUGAAGAAGCGGGGCCGUGUUGAUGAGUUCCUGGCUUGGCAGCAAAGCACCAUCCAUGUCAGCUGCUCCAAGAUCUUCUGGCUCAAGGUAGUGAUCCCCAUGUUCAUAAAUCAGCAACUGCCUCCUGAGAAGCUCCACGAUGUCACAGAGGACCUAACCACCAACCUCCAGAAGCUGGAGGAUAAGUUCCUGAGGGACCAACCCUUCCUCAUUGGUACCGAGAUCUCCCUGGCGGACCUGGUGGCCAUCGUGGAGCUCAUGCAGUGCAUGGGAGCCGGCUGGGAAACCUUCGAGGGCCGACCCAAGCUUCAGGAGUGGCGCAAAAGGGUUGAGGUGUUCCUGGGCAAGGAGCUAUUUGCGGAAGCGCACGCACGGAUCCUGAACAAUCAAGAGAUGAGGAACAUGACCAUUGACCCAUCACUCAAAGUCCAACUGAAGCCCUUUCUCUUGAAGAUGAUGAAAUAAAAUGGGCACUACAAGCUCCUCCCUUCGCUUUCUGCUCUGGGGACAGAGCUUGAAAUGAGGGACAUCAGACGGAAAACAACCACAAAAGGCUUUUGAUGUACAGUAAUUUAAAGUUUCUGCUCAUCAGUCCUCGAUGGAUCACACUGUGUGUGUGUCUGUGCGUUGGUUCUAUGCAACAAGGACCUCUGGAGGAAGAUCUAUCACGUCACAAUUGUAGAGUUUGCAGAAAGGCUUUCAUAACCACAUGGAACUGCCUGCAAAUAUUUGGCUUUCUUGGCUGGGUACCGU